AGAUGAAAUCGACAUUGGUCAAAUUACAGUUGAAGAGGAGGUGUACGAUACUGUAAUAGAUGGUCAUGGUGAUGAUGAAUCUCAUGAUGGCAUACAAGAGGAAGGUGUUGUGAAUAGCUGGUCUUUUGAAAUGUCAGCAGAGGAUGUUAUCAAAGCUGAAAAAUGCAUAGUCUUUACUGAGCAAGUUUUGAAAUUGUUGAAGUCACUUCAUGGUGAAACCUGCAAACAUCCUGGAUGUGAUAAAACGUUGGA